GUGAUACUAAUUUGAUGCCAUAAGUGCUUUUACUUUUUUCUAGAAAGGUGGUCAAACUUUUAAAACUUUGACUGAAGACAAAAGCUAGAUGUACACUUAUUCAUGGACGGAGGGAGUAUACAUAUGUACCUAUACAUCACAGUAUUAUUUUUAUCAUGACCAACAUGCAUGCCCUGUAAUUGACAAAAAAAAACAAUUGUUAAACCUGGGAAUCUAUGUAACAUAUCCAUCUAAUCUAAUUGUUGUGAGAGGAUUGAUGGUCUAUGGUGUACCAACCGAGUGGGUGUACAGUACAGUAGUGAUUACAUAAAGAAAAGCAGGAAUUCAGAGAGGGAGAGGGAGGACGAGAGAGGAAGUAUAUCUACUCUACAUUUGUAAGACAAAGGAAAAGACAGAAAGCUCAACAUCGGUGCAGCAUUGCUCCCAGCGUGGUUCACAAUGUUAUAUACAGUCCGUGAUUUUAGAAUAGUUUCCACUUCUACUACUGUACUUUAUUAUCAUCAUCUUAAAUAAAGUAUAUAAUUACAAGAAGGACAGAAGAGUUGCCUUGUAUUUUUAAUUUUAUUUCAAUUUUGCUCUUGCAUUUGCCCCAUAGGCCAUAGCUAGAGAGAGCAUGAAGGGAAGGGAAGGGAAGAAGGCUCAACUGCUGAUUUGGUCAGGAUUUUUCUUCUUUUUGGCCCCUAAAGCAAGGAAGCAGAUAAAGGAGGGAGAGGAGGGGUUUGGUUUGGUCGUUUGCUAAGCCUUCUUCUCCCCCUCCCCUCCCCCUCCCUCUAGCCCCUAUGGCUGCCAGCACUGUGGCCUCUCCUUUUUCUCUCUCAUGGGGGCCGUCAUCUUCCAGCUUGCAUAGCUCCUGAUCUCCGUUCCUCUCUCUCUCUCCCCCCUGCACUGCCAGCCAGCUCUUGAAUCCUUGCUGUAGUGUUCUACGCUUGUACUGCUGCAGGGAAAGAAAGUAGAGAGAGAAACAAGAAGAAAGGAGAGAAGAGGGAAGGGAGAGAAUCUGAAUUUGCUUUCCAGUCAUUGACCAACCCAACCCCAGUUUCCCCUUGUUUGUCCCCUUCCCCUCCAUCCUUGAUACCUGUGUUAUUCCCUGAGCUGCCGCCGCCGCCGCCGCCGCCUGAGGAGAGGGAGUGGCUCUCUGAACUCUCUCCUUUUGUCACUCCUGUCUUGCCUUGCCCCCAUCCCGUUCUUCCUCCUCCUCCUCCGUUCUUCAGUUAAUGCCCCCUCUGUGGCAGCAUCAAAUUUAUUGCCACCCCUUCCUUGGGCCUUGGCUAAGUUGUGUUUAGACUUUAGAGGGAGAGAGAGAUAUCCUAAGGCCUGAAUCAAAUCCCUAGCACUACAAGUUUGCCGCUUUAUGUAUCAUCACCAUCUUCAGCAGCAGCAGCAGCAGCGUGGAGAAGCGGAAGCGGCAGAUCAGGAUCAGGACAGCAGCAUGUCCAACCUCACCACCUCCGCCUCCGCUUCCGCCAAACCUCCUCCUCCUCCUCCCCCAACCCCGGCCUCCAACAAGCGCAAGCGAAGCCUACCCGGCAACCCCGACCCAGAGUCGGAGGUGGUUGCGCUGUCUCCGGCGACGCUGAUGGCGACGAACCGGUUCCUGUGUGAGAUCUGCGGCAAGGGGUUCCAGCGCGACCAGAACCUGCAGCUGCACCGGCGCGGGCACAACCUGCCAUGGAAGCUGAAGCAGCGCGGGAGCAAGGAGGUGGUGCGGAAGAAGGUGUACAUCUGCCCGGAGGCGUCGUGCGUGCACCACGACCCGUCGCGCGCGCUGGGCGACCUCACCGGGAUCAAGAAGCACUUCUUCCGCAAGCACGGCGAGAAGAAGUGGAAGUGCGACAAGUGCUCCAAGAAGUACGCCGUGCAGUCCGACUGGAAGGCGCACUCCAAGAUCUGCGGCACCCGCGAGUACAAGUGCGACUGCGGGACCGUCUUCUCCAGGCGGGACAGCUUCAUCACGCACCGGGCCUUCUGCGACGCGCUCACCGAGGAGAGCAACAAGGCCAUCAGCGGGGGCGGCCUGCCACUGCCACCCAUCGCGCACGCCCAGCACCACGCCAUGCUCUAUUCGCCGCACGAUCUGAUGCAGCAGCACCACCACCAGGAGCUCGCCGCGUUCCAGGACCACCAGCACCAGGUCAUGCAGCAGAAUUGCAACUUCGACGUGAAGCCGGAGAUGCAGCCGUGGCCAACCAUGCCCUACGACGACGUCCACCACCCGCUGCUGCAGCCGCUCUGCAGCGCCACCGCGCAGAGCUCCGCCACGUCCGUGCCGACGCCUACGCACCACCAGCAGCAGCAGCUUCCCGCGGCAGCCGCGCACCUGUCGGCCACAGCGCUCCUACAGAAGGCGGCGCAGAUGGGCGCCACCAUCGGCGGGGCCGGCGCUGGCGGGGCGGGAGUGCACUACACCCAGAUGGCCGGCUCGGCGACCAGCGCGACCGGCAGCGCCACGUUCGGGCUCGGCCUCUCGUGCCUCAGCAACCAGCAGAUGAUGAGCCUCGCCAGGACCGCCUCCCAGGGCCGGAGCGGCGAGGAAGGCGGCGCCUCGGGAGGGGCCAACGACGGCAUGACCAGGGACUUCCUGGGGCUGCGCGCCUUCUCGCACCGCGACAUCCUCGGCCUCGCCGGCUUUGACUCGUCGUGCAUGGGCGCCGCCGUGAACACGGCCGGCAACAACACCAACAUGGCUCCCUGCUACGAGCCACAGCAACAAGGACAGCCGCAGCCGCAGCCGCCGCAGCAGCAGAGCAGCAACGAGCCGUGGCAUGGCAUGGGUAGCCAUAGCUAGCCAUGAUGAUAGUUGCAUGGUCGCUUCUGAUCACCGCAGAGCACUGCUUGCUGCUACCCUCUAGAUCAGCAAGGGAUGCGUUUUGAACUGGGUAAUCUCUCUCUCUCUCUCUCUCUCUCUCUCUCUCUCUCUCUCUCUCUCUCUCUCUCUCUCGCACUCGUGAUCUUGCAAGCUAAGCAAGCUUUGGAGUUUUUUGUGGGUAGAAGCCAACUGUAAGGUAAACUGGGAUCAACGAAAAGCUACGUGAAAAUAAUACAUGCAUCCGUUCUCUCUCUC